ACAUCAGCGAACACAGUAGCUUUUGGCGCAUUAGCGGUAUGGCGCUAGCUCGUACUCUCUCUGUGUUUAUGCUGCCCAGGACGACAACAGUUCACCAAAUCAUGUCUUUUACGCCCAUCCUUUUUAUAUUUACUCAUGACAAUUAAUACAACGUGACUGCCCUAAAGAUUUGUUCACGCGCUGCGUUCAUGGCUCGUGCUAAAUGUUAGUGUACGCCAUUAGGGUGUGUUGUUAUAUCGUCUCCUUCAUUGUUUCCUUCCAAAGUUUUGAUUUUUCAAAGGAUUCCAAAAAUGGAAACGAGCGUGCCGAAGAGAAGAGAAAACAAGAAGCCGCUCCGCGUGAAGGUAAUAAGUCUCGGGAAUGCUGAAGUCGGGAAGAGUUGCAUCAUUAAACGUUACUGUGAGAAGAGGUUUGUUCCCAAGUACUUGGCCACUAUCGGUAUUGAUUACGGCGUCACCAAGGUGCAAGUACGCGACAGAGAAAUCAAAGUCAAUAUCUUCGACAUGGCUGGCCAUCCAUUCUUUUACGAAGUGCGAAAUGAAUUCUACAAGGACAGCCAGGGUGUGCUGCUGGUGUACGAUGUCGGUCUCCGGGAGAGUUUCGACGCCCUGGACAGCUGGCUGGGUGAGAUGAAACAGGAAAUGGGCUCUCAAGCUAACAUGGACAGCAUCGUGUUCGUGGUCUGUGCAAACAAGGUGGACCUGUCGAAACGGCGAGUGGUGGACGAGGGGGAGGGUCGUCUGUGGGCAGAGUCCCGGGGGUUUCAUUACUUUGAGACGUCAGCGCAAAGUGGAGAGGGUAUCAACGAGAUGUUCCAGGCCUUCUUUUCUUCCAUCACUGACAUGUGUGAGAACGGUGGGAAACGCCCUGUUUCCGAGGUCAGCGUAGGCUUCACCAAAGAGCAAGCUGACACGAUCAGACGUAUCAGAAACAGCAAAGACUCCUGGGAUAUGCUUGGGGUCAAACCCGGUGCCACACGGGAGGAAGUCAACAAGGCAUACAGGAAACUGGCGGUUCUUUUGCACCCAGACAAAUGCGUGGCCCCCGGUAGCGAAGAUGCAUUUAAGGCGGUUGUGAACGCACGCACCUCACUGCUGAAGAACAUCAAAUAAUGCCAAGCCACAUAACACAUCCAAUUUCACAGUUCUGUAUUUAUCAGCUCUUUGUGUUCCACCUCUUAUGUGCCAUGUUACUCUGUCAACAACAAUUUACAGUAUUUCUGGGUGCGUGCACAUUUGUGUGUGGAGGCGCUCACAUAUAAAUCUCUCGGUUAAGUAGGAUUUAACGUGGAGGAAAACGUGUGUGUGUGUUUUUUUUUUUUUUUUUUUUUAAGGUGUUCGUCAUUUCUUUUUGUAAUUUUAGCAUGUUUGUGAGCAUGGUGCAGCCACUUGUGUCAGCCAAAACAGGUCAGUGUUGAAUUUGAUUGUGUCUUAAUGUCUGGAAGAUUACGAACAUGUAUAGGUCAUUUAUACUAAAUUAUUAUAAUUUAUUAUAAAGUAUUUGGAUAUUGACGUGGAUUAAACUCUACCUCCGAAAUGUGUUUGAAUUCUGAUUAAAUGAAAAAGCAUCACUUUGCCUUGCUAAUGGUGCACGUUUCUAUGUAAAUGUGAUGUAUGACCCCCCCCCCCACACACACACACACACACAAACACAUUUACAGUAAGUCAUUUCCCAGCUGUCUUAAAAAAACAAGCCUAUACUGUUUUCAAUAAAAUAGUCUAAAACAUUUGAAUCCCAAAAUGUAACCUUUUUGAAGGAACAAUUGUUUCCCAUAAAAGAGCAACGUCUUAAUGUGUGGGGGGAAAAAAUAACGGUGGGCAGAUUUAGUGGCCCUAAGUUUUUACUUGUCCAGCCAUAGGGGGGGGUCCCUUUAAAACAAAAGCAUUUUCACUCGCUAAGAUGGCACUUCACACAGUACACCUUUUAUAACUUAAUGUACCUUUUCAUUCGGACGUCACAUAUUCGCAAAAACAUUGCUGUAUCCACUAGCAAACAAACCCUUUCAUGUCAUUAAACCAAGGCAGAGUGAGAAAGCAGGGUAAAUGACGAAGGAUUAUUUUAGUCUUGUGUACCACUGUAGUUUCUGUGUAUGAAGUGACAGCCAAGGUAGUAGGGCUGCAACUAACAGUUAUUUUAUCAUCGAUUAAUUAUUAAUCGAUUAAUCGGAUAAAUGUCACUUUUUUCAAUUACCUUCACAAUUGGCGUGUCGAGUCACAAUGAAGACAAAAUGGAUGACUUUUUCAUAAAAAAUAAAAAUUAAAGCUUCAUGACUUGACUGUACUGUAGUCUGCUACAGUACAUAAAAGUUAAGAUUUUAAUAAAAGCUCAGAGUCUAUUUUAGUACGCAAAUCAGACAAAAGUCCUGUUCAUUCAAAUAAGAAAAGUGCUGCUGACUCACAUUUUCUCCAUUGUGGGCAAAGCGCUGAUAUAAAUUGUGUCAAUGACUCAUUUAUUUUCUUUAAACAAACCAAACAACAACAUCCAAUAAGGAGGAAGCAGACUGUAAUGAAUCAGUUGUCCUUAUAAAACAGUUGUUCAUAAAUACAAUUCAAAUCCAAUCUCAAAGCAGAGUCUCUAGACAAUUUCCAGUUUGAGUUUGUGUUGAAAAGAAACUCUCUAAGAUGUCAUAUGAAUGGGUUUAUGUGUGUUGUUUAUUUAUAAAAAGAAACGAAUUAAAUGAAUUGUUACUAUCUAACAAUAACUCAAGUGGUGAUACAAAACACAAUACGAAUGGACAUUUAAGACACUAAUUAGCAUGAUCGCUAACUAUUUUAUCACUCCGUGCUAAGUAGUAAAGUCUCAUCAACAAUGAAUACAAACAAUACAACUGCCUUCAUUUACUCACUCUGCUGGAGGCAUACUGGAUCUAACAACAAAAAAGACAAUCUAACUCUCAACAAGUCGUAAUAUUAUUGAUUCAGCAACCCAGCAGCAGCAGUUGCAGCAGUGAACUCUCUCUCGCUCUAAUCAUGGGCGCAGCCUCUCAUUACACGGAAACAAGGACCCACACGGGACUGCUCAUACAGUAGCUGCCGGCAAAAAUCAAUUAUCAAAUUAGUUGGUAACUAAUUUAUUAAUCGAUAACGGAUAGUUGUUGCAGCCUCACACAAUUUUCCUUCACCUUUGUUGAAAUCCCCAUAAUCAUUAAUCAUCCAUAUCAACAAAUUAGUGUAAAAACUAACAUGACAAAAAACACAGUAUAAAUAUUAUUGAUAAAGAAUAUAUUUUAUGGAUUAUUCGACCAAUGGCCAUCUUUCAGCAGUGUUGCCAAAAAUGACUGCAAAUUGUCAAUGAUGUACAAUUGUUCAAAGGUAUUUGUGUCACUGUAUAUCUGUGAAAAAUGCAUGACUGAAGUUGUGCUCACACGUGUUUUAUAGACAUACUUUAAUGAAGAAAAUAAAAGCUUUGAAAGUCAAGGAAUGGAUGAAAGUUUUCAUUCUGU